AUGUGGGCAUGCUGCAAUGUAAUCCUGGUGAUGUUCCCAGACUUUCGGGAUGGUUUCAUCUGGGAGUUGUUGAAUUCCAGAAAUCCUGUUCCAAAGGGCAUUAUUGGUCUUGCCUACCGGAAAGUACUUGGCCAGGAAUGCAUUGGAACAAGCAUCCCAUGUAGUGAAUGCCUCCUUAUUGGUGUAGAAUCACGUCUUGGCCUUCCCAAGUCCCUGUCUUCUUCCCCAGCCUGCCUCUCUGCACUGUUCAGCGCCGCCGACGCGUCGCCGUGCCGCCCACCGCUCUGGGCCACCUCCCCGCGCCACAUCCUUCCUGCUAGCACCCCACGCGUCGCGCGGAGCCUCCCCACCGCCCUCCUUUGCUCGCGCUGGUGCCUCCCCGCUCUGCCACGCUGCCUAGAGCCGCCGUGCGGCCGCCACCUCAACGCCGCGGUGGCGAGCCCGCUUCAGAACCCAGAGCACCGCAGCCUUCUUUUCCCCCACUCCUUUGCCCGCUCGCUGCUCCGAAAGCCCCAGAACGCUGCUGCCCCCUCCGUGGUUGCCGGCGAGCUCCGCUCGGCCGCCGCCGACCCCCUUCCACCCUCACCUGGCUCCAACCCGAGGCACCACGAGCUUCGCCUCGCUCCACUGAAGCUCCUAGGCCCGUCUUCUCCUCCCAAUCGCCACCAGAGCGCCGCCGCCAUCCACUUGAACGCCGGCAAGCAAGCCGCCGCCGCGAACCCACCAUUUCAGGCCCGAUCCGCCCCCACAGACCCCGCCAUUAGCACCACACGAGUACUGCGCAUCUCCCAGGCAUCUCCCCCACCCCAAUCCGCCGCCGCAGAACGGUCGCCGGCGAGCUGCCCAAGCCGCCGCCGCACCUCGCCGCGGGGAACCCCCAAUCCGACCACCCCGAGCCCCAAGAAGACCACCUUUGGGUUUGUCUCGGCCUCUUCUUCGUUUCCCCCAACCCAGACCUCGCCGCCGGUGAGCCGAGGCGCCGGUAAAGGCCGGCCAAACCCUGCUCUGUUCUUCCCCAUCGGCCAGGGGCUUGGUUGUUGA